AUGUCUUUAACAAAACGCCGUUUGCAAGACGAUCAAUCUAUAACUCAAAAAAAUGUUAAACGAAGUAAAAAACUAUCCAAAAAUCCAAAAAAUCCAGAUAUGGAUUAUACUUCCGAUAUGGAAGACAUAAAUAAAGUCGAUGACUUAAAAGAUCCAAUUCUUCCAAAGAUUGCAACCAUCGGUUUAGAUAAAGAGCUGGAAAAAGCUUACACAAAUCAAGAUAAUAAACUUGAUGAAGCGUCACAUGUAUUUGGAAAAAAUGACUUUUCACAUAUAAGUUUAAAGAAAGACCAUGUGAAUAGACCUUUAUGGAUAAAUCCUAUUACGGGUUACAUAAUUCUUGAAGGGUUUUCUCCUUAUGCUGAUAAAGCACAAGAUUUUUUAAUUACAAUUAGUGAACCUGUUAGUAGACCAAGUUUAAUUCAUGAGUAUAAAAUGACACCAUACUCACUAUAUGCAGCAGUAUCAGUGGGUUUAGAGACCGAGGCUAUAAUCGAAGUCUUGAAAAGAAUGUCAAAGACGGAUAUUCCAGAGUCACUCAUAGAUAUGAUUAGAAAAUUUACAGUUUCGUAUGGAAAAGUUAAACUUUUAUUAAGACAUAAUAGAUAUUUUGUAGAAUCAUCACAUGCGGAUGUAUUACAAAUUAAAGAUUGGGUGAUUUCCAGUAAAAAAGAUAAUGAUCAAAAAAUUUUGGAGAAUAAAAAUAAAACUGAUACUCAAGAUGAGGAGAUAUUUAAUGCCGUAUUAGCUAUUGAUAAAGAAAAAUUUGAGAUUGUCAGGAGACGUUGCAAUCAACUUAAUUAUCCUAUGUUAGAGGAAUAUGAUUUUCGAAAUGAUUCAAUUUUGCCAUCUCUUGAUGUUGAUUUAAAACCUAUAACCGUGAUACGACCAUAUCAAGAAAAAUGUCUUAGUAAAAUGUUUGGAAAUGGUCGAGCUAGGUCUGGAAUUAUAGUAUUACCUUGUGGUGCUGGUAAAACACUUGUUGGAAUAACUGCUGCUUGCACAAUUAAAAAAAGUUGUCUCAUCAUUUGUACUUCUGCUGUUUCUGUAAUGCAAUGGAAACAACAAUUUUUACAAUGGUCUAAUAUAAAAGAAAGUCAAAUUGCAUCUUUUACAUCAGAUCAUAAAGAAAAGUUUUCUGGUAAUUCUGGUAUUGUAAUUUCAACUUAUAGUAUGGUUGCCAAUACUCGUAGUAGAUCUCAUGAGGCAGCAAGGAUGAUGGAAUUCAUUACUGGACGAGAAUGGGGUCUUGUUAUUUUAGAUGAAGUUCAUGUUGUACCUGCAAAUAUGUUUCGAAGAGUAGUUACCACAAUAGCUGGUCACACCAAACUUGGUUUAACCGCAACUUUGGUUCGUGAAGAUGAUAAAAUUGAAGAUUUAAAUUUUUUGAUUGGGCCUAAAUUAUAUGAAGCCAAUUGGAUGGAUUUGGCUUCAAAAGGACAUAUAGCGAAUGUUCAAUGUGCAGAAGUUUGGUGUCCCAUGAUACCCGAAUUUUAUGCUGAAUACAUUAAUGCAUCAUCUAGAAAACGUAUGUUAUUAUAUGCAAUGAAUCCGAAUAAAUUUCAAGCUUGUGAAUUUUUAAUUCGAUAUCAUGAAGAUCGAGGAGAUAAAGUUAUUGUAUUUUCCGAUAAUGUGUUUGCUUUGGAGAAAUAUGCCAAAAAACUUAAAGUGCCAUUCAUUCAUGGUAAAACAAAACCUCAUGAAAGAAUGCAUUAUCUUUCAAAAUUUCAACAUGAUCCUAAAAUUAACACAAUCUUCCUUUCCAAGGUUGGUGACACAUCAUUAGAUUUACCCGAAGCAACUUGUCUCAUUCAAAUUUCAUCUCAUUACGGUUCCAGACGUCAGGAAGCUCAACGACUUGGGCGUAUUCUCAGAGCAAAACGUCGUAAUGAUGAAGGAUUCAAUGCCUUUUUUUAUUCUCUUGUUUCGACGGAUACUCAAGAAAUGCAUUAUUCAACCAAAAGACAACAAUUUUUAAUAGAUCAAGGUUAUGCUUUCAAAGUAAUUACUUCACUCGAAGGCAUGAAUGAAGAACCAAAUUUAUCAUAUCGAGAACAUAGUGAACAAAUGUCUUUAUUAUCGGAAGUUCUAUUGGCCAAUGAUAGUGCAGCAGAUUUAGAUGAUAUUGAGCAUAACCCGGAAGAUUUACCGGGCACUGUUACUAGUAGAAACUUUUACCCUAAAGUUAAACGCUCAGUAGGUAAUAUGAAAAGUUUAUCAGGGGCGGAUAAUAUGGCUUAUUGUGAAGGUAGUAACCGUGCUCAAAAAACCAAAAAAACAGUCAGUGUGGUUUUCAUAGCGUUGUUAUUGGAUAUUUUGGCAUUUACAAUUAUUUUGCCAUUAUUUCCUAGAUUAUUACAAGGGUAUCAAGAAAGAGAGAAAGGCGAGGAGACAACAACAAUUCUAAAAUGGUUCUUAUAUCAAAUACAACUGUUUAAAAAAUUCACAGGAGGUGGAAUGAAUCCUAAAUGGGAUUUAGUACUAUUGGGUGGAGCUUUAGGAUCUUUAUAUUCAUUUUUACAAUUUCUUGCUGCGCCAUUUAUUGGAGCUUUUUCGGAUAAAUAUGGGAGAAGAAAUACUUUAUUAGUUACAAUGAUUGGAAAUAUUUUAUCAACUUUUAUAUGGCUUUUCUCUAAAUCUUUUGGUUGGUUUGUGAUCUCACGAAUCGUUGGAGGAUUGAGUGAAGGAAAUGUACAAUUAUCAAUUGCUAUAGUCUCAGAUGUGACGACCCAAGAAACUAGAUCCAAAGGAUUGGCAUUAGUAGGAAUAGCAUUUGCAAUAUCAUUUACAAUUGGACCCGCACUUGGAGCAUAUUUUGCUUCUGUAGAUUUAUCAAAAUCAUUUCCACAAUUUAUUGAAUGGGGAUUAAAUCCAUAUUCAUCACCAGCAUUAUUGGCUUUAAUUUUACUUAUUAACCAAAGCAAAAAGUCAUCAUCUAAUAUUAUUAUUAUUAAAAGAGAACAACGUUUAAAAAAUUUAAAAAUUUUAAAUUGGAUUCACUUUCUAUUUCUUUUUUCAUUUUCUGGAAUGGAAUUUACUCUCACAUUCUUAACAUUUGAUUUAUUUGAUUUUACCAAUAUGCAAAAUGGAAAAUUAUUGGGAUAUGUGGGAAUAUUAUCAGCCAUAAUUCAAGGUGGUUAUGUAAGACGUAAUGCGCAUAAGAUUGGUGAAAAACGAUUGGUGAUUCAAGGCGUAUUAUCUUGUGCAAUUGCUUUAUCAAUUAUUGCUUCUUUAACCAAUAUAUCAAAUGGUAUUUUAUGGCUUUACGUUGGUGCUACUUUCUUGGCAUUUACAUCUGCCACAGUUGUGAAUUGUUUAACUUCAAUAGCAACAAUGCAAUCUAAAGGAAAAGUUUUAGGAAAAUUUAGAUCAUUUGGACAAUUAGGUCGUGCUUCUGGACCAAUAGCAUCAUGUGGACUUUAUUGGAUGAUGGGAUCUGAAAAAUGUUAUGGGUUAGGAGCAUCCUUGAUGUUAAUGAUAUUUAUAUUGAUUGUCUUUACAACUUUGUAA